AGAUGAGGACACAGAGGCUUGUAAAGAUAAAGUGACUGAUCCAAGGUCACGCACGGGCCGGCUGCAGAGGCACCGACAUGGGGCUGAAGCUGACCUGCCUGAAAGGCCUAAAAAUGUGUGUCAGCAGCAGCCACGAUGAGGCCCCCGUCCUGAGCGACAAGCACCUGGACGUGCCCAACAUCAUCGUCACCCCGCCGACCCCCACGGGCGUGAUCCUGCCGAGGGACUCCCGGAGGGCAGUCUGGCUGGAGGAGACGGGGUCGUGCCCGGAGGAUGGAGAAACAGACCCUGAGGCCUGAGGAGAAGGCACGCGCGGGUCGGGGAUUUGCCUGCACUAGCUCCUGCUCUGGCUGCCCUUCGCUUGGCGUGUCCCGGGGUGCCUGGGACAGAUGUGCUGAGAACGCUGGCUGCGAAGACAGAGCGAUUCCGGCACUGGACCAGCGGAGGCGUGGCGAGAGGAGAGAGGAAUCGGCCCUGCCCUCGUCCAGAACAUUUCCCAGCCCCCCUUGAGUGGGCCAGACCUCUGAUGCCUACAUAUUCUUGCCGAUCCCAGGGCACAGUGACGGCCAUCAGGGUACCAGGGAGAGGCUUUCUUCUAGACGGACUCCCAGCGGCCUGGGCCAUGCAGACGGGUGCCCAGGAGGUCCGCACAUACAAAGACUUCUUGCAAAGGACUGGCUUCAUUUUUUACAAGUUGUCUUACAGACAUUGACACAGUCCAAAAAGUGAUUUAUAAUUUCUUUUUUGCACUGUAAGUAAAGAUCCCAUGUAACGA